UGAGCGUCGUGAAGCUAAAAUCAAGGAGGGAGGCGCAGCGCGAUUGGAUAAGAUUACCAGCCUGAGCGGACGGACUCCUUCAGCACGUACGACUCUCCGGACGCAGCUUUGAGCGUCGAGUGUCUUGACCUCCCCGCUUGAAGAUAGAGAGACCCCAUGGCUAAUCUAUUAUUCUGCUACAGAUCGUGAAGAAGCCUCUCCCACUCCUUCAUUACAACCACCCACUGUUAUUCCCUCUCCCUCUCCCUCCCCCGAACCCCGGCCCCUACCUCGCCAAGCACAACCGUCCAUGCCGUCACCGUCACCGAGCGUCGACGAACUCUCCCCGGAAAUGAUUCGGGAACAGCAAGAGGCUUUCCGUGCUCUGCUCCGGCAAUCUGCACCCUCUCCAGGGGAACAAGACGUCGAAGAAGACCCGACAAUGAAACUGGUCAACGCUCUCAUGGGAGGUAUGGGAGGCAUGCCUGGUGCGGACCCAAGCGGCGGUGCUGGGACCAGCGCCGACGCUCCAGGAGGACUAUCUCCCGACCUGGCAUCAUCUCUGGGCCUUCCACCAUUCGUCUCGAACAUGCUUGGAUCGGUGAUGCAGCAGCCAACGGAAGAACAGAAGAUGGCCCUCAUGAUGUGGAAAAUCGUGCAUACCGUGUUUGCUAUCGCGGUGGGCAUCUACCUGGUCUUUAUUACAAGCACGUCGGUUGCUACGUAUGGCAGCCAACCGCCGCCUCCGGCCACGGUGCAGAAUCCUUUCCUGUUCUUUACGACUGGCGAGCUGGUGUUAACUGGGGCGAGAGUGAUGCUGAAGAGUCGGAAUGGUGGGUUGACGGGGCCUUUUAUGUAUAUUCAGGUGCUGAAAGAUUUGAUCCGGGAUGGAAGUAUUGCGCUGUUUCUUUUCGGAAUGGGUGCAUGGUGGACUAAGGAGUGGACGAUUGUUUAAUUUGUUUUUCAUUUCAUAAAAUCAGAAUCUUAAUCCUUUGCACCUUUUGGAGAGAGAAAAAGAAAAAAAAAAAAAAA